AUGACUAAAAAAAACAAUAGUAUCUAUUAUUCUCCUAACCUAAUAUUUCCGAGAAUAGAUAUAUUUUCAAAUGAUAAUUCCAGAAAAAGACAAUUAAAAGAUUCGUUAUACGAGGAAGAAAAUGAAUAUGAUGAAAUAAUCACCACUACAAAAAGCAAGUUAAUAAAAGGUGUGAAGAAUGAUACAAUAGCUGAUGAGGUAUACCCAAAAUUGAUAAUAAAAUUGGGCCUACUUUUUCCAUUUUACGGCAAUUUUCCAUUUACAUUAGAAAAAGUAUAUGGGACUAUUUUACUGGCUAGCCGUAAAGCUAAUAAUUUAUAUUUUCGAAAAUUUAUUCAUAUCAAUUCAAAUGGCCAAUUUAAAAACAAGAUUAAAAAGAACGGCGUAAAAUUUAAAGCGGAAUUAAGGCUUGUCUUUGCCGAUACUGGAAGUGUUGAUUCAGAAAAAACGAUAUAUUACGAAUGCUCGGAAGAUUUUGCCACAUAUCAUGCUGGUCGUUUAUAUUAUCGAAUUAAAAUUUCUGCCUUCCUAGGACCCCUUUGCUAUUUGACUUUUGUAUCAGUCGCUUAUUUAAGUUCCAGGUGGGGGCUACCUAUAAUUACAUCUUUAGGACCAGGAGCAACGAAUCCAUCUGUGUGGCCCACUCUACUACGUACUGGAAUGAAGACGACCGAUUUGCAUAGUGCAAAUUUAGCCCUAAUAAACAUUUAUGGAUGGAAUGAUUAUUUUUUUUUGUCUGAAGACCAAUAUUCAGAUCUUGGUUUGAACAGCUUAGAUUUUAGUCUAUUAAUUUUACAAAAUUCUAUUCCACCUCCUAUUGCAACUUACAAAAUUAAUUCUUCGCUUGUUAGAUUAGAUUAUAAUUUGAUAUAUCCAUUAGUGUACGGAAGCACAUUUGCGAGAAUUUUUGUUCUAUCAACCAGCGUAAGUACAACAAAGAAGAUCCUAUUAGAUGCCUAUGAUUUAGGAAUGUUAACUCAAGGCGAUUAUGUGUUUAUUACUGUCCAACUUUGGAAAUGUGAUUGUUUAGGUGGAACAUACUUUGAUUUUGAACAAGAUAGCAGGAAGGAAGCUUAUGAAUCUUUGAUUGUUAUUUCUGCAAAAGUGGACGAUAAUAAAGAAACGAUUGAAUUUAAAAAUCACAUCAAAAACUUUUCUUCGAAAUUAUGGUAUUUUGGAAAUGACUUUAAAAAUGAAGAAAUUAGCAUUGCUUUAUCGGGUUUAUAUGAAGGAUUACUUAUAUAUGCACAAGCUUUGAAAGAACAUUUAGAAGAAGGAGGAAAUGUUAAUGAAGGAAAUAUUAUAGCCGAUAUGGGAAUAAUUUCUAUUGACAAUGAAGGUGAUCGAAUUCUAGAUUAUAAUAUAUGGGAUUUUGAUCCUAAAACCUUCAAGUGGAAACCUGCACUAGUGUUUAUUAGCGAAGAAAAUAUAUUAUUACCUCAAGAUGGGUAUGAAAUGCACUGGCCUAUCAGACUAGAGCCUCCGCCAAAUGAACCUAAAUGUGGAUUUCGGGACCAAUUUCCUUCUGAAGAAGAAGUCGAACUAGGAAAUGUUAGUAAAAUAUUAGCCAAUUCUCUUAAUGGGCAAAGUGAGAGAAGCGCAUUCCACCAACUUGAGGCCGAAAUCUGA